CGGGCUGACAGAGCACGGCAGCGGGGUGGCCUGGAAUGAAAGCCACCACUGCCGGCUGCUUGCCGGGCUGGUACCCGACCAGUUCCAGAUGUGCCGGAGGAACCUGGAGGUGAUGCACAGCAUCGUUCAGGCUGCCCACCAGACCAAGAGCGUCUGCCAGAAGACCUUUGCAGAUAUGAGGUGGAACUGCUCCUCCAUCCAACGUGCCCCCAGCUUUGGCCCUGACCUGCUGAAAGGAACCCGGGAAUCUGCCUUUGUCUACGCGCUGGCUGCCGCCACUGUCACACACUCCAUCGCCCAAGCCUGCACCUCGGGAGAGCUCCCUCUCUGCUCCUGUGGCUCCAUCCCCUCGGAGGUCCCCGGGCCAGACUUCAGAUGGGGUGGCUGUGGGGACAACCUGCGCUACGGUCUCCAGCUUGGCGCCGCUUUUGCCGAUAGUCCUUUAAAAUCCAUCAAGCUGGGGACACAAGCGCUCAAGGCCGUGAAUCUGCACAACAACGCGGCGGGUAGGCAGGUGCUGAGUGACUCCCUGGAUACCAAGUGUAAAUGCCAUGGGGUUUCAGGCUCCUGUUCGGUGAAGACCUGUUGGAAGGGACUGCCAAACCUGGAUGAAAUUGCCUCUGAUCUCAAGUCCAAGUACCUGGCAGCCAUCAAGGUGACCCACCGGCUCAUAGGGGCCAGAAAGCAGCUGAUAUCCAAAGAAAUGGACAUCAGGCCAGUGAGAGAGACGGAUCUGGUUUAUCUCAUCAACUCUCCUGACUACUGCAUGCCAAAUCUGCACCUGGGGUCUCUGGGGACACAGGAUAGGCCGUGCAACAAGACCUCCACGGGCAGCGACAGUUGCAACCUGAUGUGCUGCGGCCGUGGCUACAACACCUACUCGGAGGAAGUGGUGGAGCGGUGUCACUGCAAGUAUCACUGGUGCUGCUACGUGGUGUGCAAGAAGUGUCGGCGGAAGGUGGAGAGAUACGUCUGCAAAUAA